GUUCCCCGCCGGCCUGUGAGGGGACAGCGCACAGGCACCGGGAGCCACUUGUCAGCGCUGAUCGGAGGCGGAGGCUUCGCCGCGCGGGUCCGGAGUUUCUUGCAUCUUUUCUGGAACUCCACAUCGAACCUUGGAACCAUGAGCAACUACAAUGUGUCGUUGGUCGGCCCAGCCCCUUGGGGCUUCCGUCUCCAAGGUGGCAAGGAUUUCAACAUGCCCCUGACAAUCUCUAGUUUGAAAGAUGGUGGCAAGGCAUCACAAGCGCAUGUGAGAAUAGGCGAUGUGGUCCUCAGCAUUGAUGGGAUUAGUGCACAUGGAAUGACUCAUCUUGAAGCCCAGAACAAGAUUAAGGGUUGUACAGGCUCCUUGAAUAUGACUCUGCAAAGAGCAUCUGCUGCAGCCAAGCCUGAGCCUGUUGCUGUUCAGAAGGGUGAACCUAAAGAAGUAGUUAAACCUGUGCCCAUUACAUCUCCUGCCGUAUCCAAAGUCACUUCCACAACCAACGCGGCCUACAAUAAAGUUCCUCGGCCCUUUGGUUCUGUGUCUUCACCAAAAGUCACUUCCAUCCCAUCACCAUCGUCAGCCUUCACCCCAGCCCAUGCCACCACUUCAUCACAUGCUUCCCCUGCACCUGUGGCUGCUGUCACCCCUCCCCCAUUCUCUGCAUCCGGACUGCAUGUCAAUGCCAAUCUUAGCGCUGACCAGUGUUCAUCUACACUGAACACUGGUAAACCUGCAGUUAAUGUCCCACGGCAGCCCACAGUCACCAGCGUGUGUUCCGAGCCUGCUCAGGAGCUAGCAGAGGGACAGAGAAGAGGAUCCCAGGGUGACAUUAAACAGCAAAAUGGUAACCCUGGCACUGUGAAAAUUCCACCGAAACGCCCACCAAGAAAACACAUUGUGGAGCGCAACACGGAGUUUUAUCACAUCCCCACUCACAGUGAUGCCAGCAAGAAGAGGCUGAUUGAGGACACUGAAGACUGGCGCCCACGGACUGGAACAACUCAGUCUCGUUCCUUCCGGAUCCUUGCCCAGAUCACUGGGACUGAACAUCUGAAGGAAUCUGAAAAUGAUAAUACAAAGAAGGCAAAUAGCACUCAGGAGCCUUCGCAGCAGUCAGCAUCACCCGGAGCUUCACCUCUGAGCAAGUCUGAGAGCCUAGAGACUCCGGGUUCAAGCAGGCCAGGCGUGGCUGGCCUCAAGACGGCUGCUGCCUUCAAGCCUGUAGGAUCCACAGGUGUUGUCAAGUCACCAAGCUGGCAGCGUCCAAACCAAGCAGCGCCUUCUACUGCAAGAAUUACAAACAGCGCGACUUCUUCAGGUACAGGGGUACCUGCGAACUCAGCUGCGGGGCCACCCCAGCCAAAUGACCAAGACACGCUGGUGCAGAGAGCCGAGCACAUUCCAGCAGGCAAGCGAACUCCCAUGUGUGCCCACUGCAAUCAAGUCAUCAGGGGUCCUUUCCUUGUGGCUCUGGGGAAGUCUUGGCACCCAGAAGAAUUUAACUGUGCUCACUGCAAAAACACGAUGGCCUAUAUUGGGUUUGUUGAGGAGAAGGGAGCACUGUAUUGCGAGCUAUGUUACGAAAAGUUCUUUGCUCCUGAAUGUGGCCGGUGCCAGAAGAAGAUCCUUGGGGAAGUCAUCAAUGCUUUGAAACAAACCUGGCACGUGUCCUGUUUUGUGUGUGUGGCCUGUGGAAAACCCAUUCGAAACAAUGUUUUCCACUUGGAAGAUGGAGAGCCAUACUGUGAGACCGAUUACUAUGCUCUUUUUGGAACUAUAUGCCGUGGAUGCGAAUUCCCCAUAGAAGCUGGCGACAUGUUCCUUGAAGCUCUGGGCUACACCUGGCAUGAUACUUGCUUUGUAUGCUCGGUGUGUUGUGAAAGUUUGGAAGGUCAGACAUUUUUCUCCAAGAAGGACAAGCCUCUUUGCAAAAAACAUGCUCAUUCUGUGAAUAUUUGAAAAUCAACAGUUCCAGAAAAGAGAAGAAAUUUGAAGAAGAGGGGGGAAAAUUAAAAUUAUCAUCUAAUUUUUAGUUUUAAUAUUUAUAUGGAGUUAUAAAAUAAUAAUAAUUCUGAAUGGAUAAACUCCAACAUUAAAACCCCAGUCUGUGAGAAAAUGUUUGGCUUCAGAAAGUCACAGACAGUUUGGGGUUUAUUUUGACUAGCCUGUAUUUUCUGCCCAUGAAGUAGCCUUUAUAAAAAUCAAUUUCCUGACUACCAAACUCUUCUUAGAAUAAAUUAGCAAAGGAUUACAUUUUAGAAUUAAAAACUCUAGCCUCUAUGCUGAAGUGAUACUUUCUUUCCUUGUAACUAUGAGAAUCCACAGAGGGCAAUGUAAGUGCCUUAGACUUUAUUAAUAAGAGUAAUUGUUUAAUAAACUCAUUUUAUCUUUAAAAUAGUAAGUAGGAGUUUAAAUAAACUUUAUGAGUAGGACCAUGCUGUCUUUUUUUUUUUAGUCUGUGUACAUGCUUUGGUCUUGUCAUUGGUCCUCUUAGUAAGACAGCCCAAGGAAGUUUUUGAUCAUAGUUUGUUAUGCAAUAAGAGAUGCUGUGGUCUCCUGUGUUCUUCCCAAGGCUACCAUGUUGCUUACAGGUCACAGAUGCUGAUGUAUUCAGAUGGGGUAGUUUGUUUGCACUGUGUGUAGCUCAUCACCUGGGCUAGGCUGCAGUGUUUCUCAUCUCUUAUGCUGACGUGAAGAUAAUUCAGUAGUGCUAGACUAAUAGUUUUCGCUCUCUCUUUAAAGAGAGUAGGUAGAAGAUAAAGGAGCUAGAAAUUGGGAAAAUAAAGCAAUUGAGAAGUAAAAAAGAAGCGCUUGCCCCUUUCAGAUAAUGAACUGAUUAGUGUUUACAGUUGUGUCACUGACUGAAUGACCAUCUGGAAACUCUUUGCCCGGUAAUUUUUUUCGAUUGAGGAUUAGGAUAAGAUCCAAGUUAAUGUUGUUACCGUUUUUGUUGUUGUUGUUGUUUGCUUAUUUGGGGUUGUUCUGGGAUUUUGUUUGUUUGUCUGGGAUUUUUUCCUACCAGUAGGAAGUAAAUCCCCUCUCAUUGUGUGAUCAUGGAGUUAGGCAACUUUUAUUCUCUGACAUUUGGAAGUACAGGGAACCAUGAUCCAUUGCUCUCAUUGUCCUGUCAUGUGUUCUCCUUGAUUGGGCAGAGCAUUGUAGUCAGGAAAGUAGCGUGGCUCACUGCCCAGUGAGAAAACAAAUUAUGGCAUUUGAUAUUUUUGUCUUUGUUUCUACAAUGAAUGAAAGCCCAUGAUCCUGCUGAGUUGUAACUAAAUCUGUUGGGAGCAUGGAGCUUUCAAAAUUCAGAUAGGGCACCCAGUUCUUGCUGCCCCAUCUUUAAAGAGCACCUGUGCGUGUGUGUGCUUGUGUGUGGAGGAGGAGGCCAUAGGCUACAGUAUUUGUUUAACCACCCCCCAUAACUUUCAAGGUAUCUGUCCUGAAAGCUGCUAAUUUGUGGUCUAAUAAAUUUAUAUUAUAUGCAGAUAAUAACGAACUGGUGGAUAAAUGAACAGGAAGGGUGGCACACGUUGUAAACCAGAAGUGUCUCCAGUAGCAGCCCAGCUGACCUCCUCACCUGUGCUUGUAGGAGUCAGUGCUGGAACAUAGUGCUCACAUUAGAUCGUGUUGCUGCUCCAGUGACCGAUAGCAGACUCGCUGGCUCAGGUGCAUUAUUUCUCAUCUGAAUGUCAGGCUUUGGCAUUACACUACAAAAGAAUGGGGUUUUUGUCUUUUAGAUGCUAUGCCAUGAUAAUAUUUCACAACUCUUUGGCAGUUGCAUAUUCAAAUAAUUUUCUUUGACUUGGAUUUAUUAUAAAGUUGCCUUUCCUUAAGGUUUUCACUUCUAUUAAACCUUUAUUUCUCUGUUACUUGUGAAAUAUAAUACUGCAUUUUAUAAUGCCGUAUUUCUCUGAAUUUACUCUCUGACAUGGUAGUGUGGUUCGCUAGUUUGGCCUUGUGUCUUUAUUCUUUGCCUAUCGUGUUGUAGGGCAACUUUUGUUUCGGUUCCUAAAACAGUGGCUCCUGGGAGAUGAGUUCUCACCAUAACCAGAAGAGUCUUCUGCAGUGAGAUCGGCAUGCCUUGUGUACCAGCAUAGAUUCUUUAGUACCUGGCAGAGCACUUGACUCUUCUGGCAGGCUCCCUGAGUAUCUCGUAUAAAUCUUCUGUGUCAGUAGCAUUUUUUCAUUAUUACAUUUUCAACGCAGAACAUUGAGUUUUUCUUGUGCUAAAUGUUUAUUUCAAAGGUUUGCUUGAUAAGCUCCAGAUGAAAACAAUAGUGUAUAAUUCUUAAUGUCCCUUCUUCGAUUUCUCAUUUUUGAGACUUCGAGGGGCCCGGAUUGAUACUGUUUCUCGAAUUGUUCUGGACGGCUGUGGCCUAUUGAAAUAGGAACCUCUGCUUAUGUUCAUAGCCACUCCGUAUUUCCUGUUAGUAGGGUUACCUUCUCCAUGUAAAACUAAAGCCAAGUUAUUUGGCCACAGUAUUAAAAGUGAUCAUUUAUCUUUCAAAUAUUGAUAUAAAACCGUAUUUAAAAUUCUCUACAACAAAAUGUACUCUUUUCAAGGAAUCGUAGAUACUUAAUGUGUAAUUUGCCAUACCUGUCAAUCAUUGUCUUUUGUUUCCUUGCAUUUUUAACUUUGUAUGUAGUUACUCUUUGCUUUUGGAUAUGUUUUCUAAUUUUGAUUUUCUAAAAUCACAUGAGAAAUCUAAUCUGUAUAGUGAUACCUUCAUGAGCACAUACUCAAUAAACACCUGCAAUGAUGGUGA